AUGGCUCCACUUUAUCGAAUGGGUAUCCCAAGUGUUUCUCGGUUUGAAGCAGAGGUGCGUGCUGCGGAAAAUGCUAUAAGAUUACCUCCUGAGCAUUGGACGCCCAUCCAAUACCGACGUAUGGAAGCAGUUAACCAGUGGCUGACGCUUAUUCUGAUAAGCGGUCUUGCAAUUGCAGCCUACAUGUUGUUCAAAAAGUUCAAAGGAUCAUUCAAUUUAACUGAUAUGAUGUCAAAUAUUACAAAGGGUAAAUAUACCGUCAUCGAUCCACAUAGUCCUGAGGGAAAGAAGCAGUUGAAGAUCAAGUUCAAGGAUGUCGCUGGAUGUUUCGAGGCAAAACAGGAGAUUAGUGAAUUUGUUGACUACCUCAAAAAUCCCAACAAGUAUACUAAACUGGGUGCAAAGUUGCCGCGUGGCGCGCUUCUGACUGGUCCACCAGGUUGCGGAAAGACUCUCAUUGCAAAAGCACUGGCGGCCGAAUCAACAGCACCUUUCAUCUCCAUGAAUGGGUCGGAAUUCGUUGAGGUUAUCGGAGGCCUUGGUGCAUCUCGCAUCCGUGGGCUAUUCAAGGAGGCCCGGUCGAGAGCCCCAUGUAUAAUUUAUAUUGAUGAGAUCGACGCUAUCGGGAAGAAGAGGAGUGAAUCGAAAGGAGGAUUUGGAGGUGGAUCUAACGAAGAGGAGCAGACUCUGAAUCAGCUGUUGGUUGAAAUGGAUGGUAUGGGCAGCGGACAGGGUAUAGUGGUGCUAGGUAGCACCAAUCGCCCAGAUAUCCUUGACAAAGCUUUAUUGCGUCCUGGUCGAUUUGAUCGUCAUAUCAACAUUGACCUGCCAACUGUGAGUGAACGGAAGGAGAUGUUCGAUCUCUACCUCAAGAAAAUCAAGCUCGACCAUCCCUAUAGCAAGUAUUCUCAACGUCUUUCACAAAUGACCCCGGGUUUCACAGGUGCUGAUAUUUCCAAUGUGGUUAAUGAAGCUGCUAUUCGAGCUGCAUCAACUGGAAAGCAUAUUGUGUCAGUGAACGAGUUGGAGUAUGCGUUGGAUCGAAUUUUAGCAGGAGCAGAGAAACGGUCUCGAUCGCUUGUUGAGGAAGAGCGUGAGGUGGUUGCCUAUCAUGAGGCUGGUCAUGCGCUAGUGGGCUGGUUACUGGAACACACAGAUGCUCUUCUGAAGGUGACCAUUAUUCCUCGUACUUCUGCUGCUCUCGGCUUCGCACAGUAUAGUCCCAAGGAGAAGAAACUGUUCACCAAGGAGGAGCUGUUUGAUCGAAUGUGCAUGAUGCUGGGUGGUAGGGCAGCUGAAAACAUCAAAUUCGGCCGGAUAACUACAGGAGCUGAAGAUGACCUCAAGAAGGUGACAAAGUCGGCCUAUGCGCAAGUGAAGGUGUAUGGUAUGAAUAACGUAGUCGGCACGUUAUCCUUCCCAGAUGAUGACGAUUUCCAAAUCAAACCGUUUAGUAAGAAGUUUGGACAUGUCAUGGAUCAGGAAGCGUCGAGUUUGGUUGGAGUGGCUUACCGCAGGACGGAAGAACUCUUGCGAAAGAAUGCAGACAAGCUAGAGAAGAUUGCGCAGGAACUAUUGAAACGGGAAGUUCUCAAUUACGAUGAUGUCAAGAAUCUCAUUGGGACGCCCCCUCAUGGCGACAAGCACGUUAUUGAGUUAGUCGAUAACGUGUUGCCGAAAGAGGGGAAGUAA